UGACCGGCAGGUGAAAGGACCACGUUGGUUGAGUCAUGAAUCUAUUAGGGUUGAGUUUACUCGAUAUUUACAAUUUAAACACAUUAGAUCAUAUAUUUUCUCUUAUAUUUACGUGAUAUUGUAUUUCUGCGAACACUUUGGCGUUUAUGGGAUAACGUUUAGUUUGUGAAAGGUCCAGACAUGGCACUCCAGUUUAUCUACAGCCAUGAAGAUUUCCUCACCGAUGUGCAACGAAGCAAUGACAAAACCACAAAGACGUCAGCACCAUUUGACGCUGUCAUUCAAGAUGGAUGGACAGAGAGAAUGGAGAAGGGCCUUUUCCGGUACAAAUUGAACGAUCUGCAAACCCACAUCCUACCUGGCAACUAUGGCUAUGUGGCUCAGCUGAAUAUACAGAGAGGUAUAGAGCGACGCAAGCCUCAAGAGAUUCUCAGCAUUCAACAGGAGUUCAAUCACAAGCAGUUCAAUUUCAACAAAAUCAACCCAGACGAAAUUAUAUGUGAAAUGACAAAAUGUGAAAACUCGAGGGAUGGUCUGAAUGAUACUACUACUAGAAAAAUGAUAGUACUAGUUAACGUUAGCCCUCUAGAGUUUGGCCACUGUCUAUUUGUCCCUGAUCCUUUACAAUGUUAUCCCCAAGUCCUCACAAAGUUUGCCAUUGAGAUUGGUAUAGAAAGCGUUUUCCUGAGUUCUGAUCCUGGAUUUCGAGUUGGUUUUAACAGUCUUGGUGGAUUCGCUUCCGUCAACCACCUCCACUUACACGGAUAUUACCUUGACCACGAACUAGCCCUUGAGUCCAUUUCUAUAGAGACACUUCUUCCUGAAAAACACUUCCAUCGCUUAAUUAACUACCAUGCUGGUUUUGUUUUUUACACUGAAGUGAAGUCUAUAGACAAAGUAGCAGAAAACAUUUGCAGAGUAACAGACUUUCUUGUAAAUCACAACAUCGCUCAUAAUGUGUUUCUCACCAGAGGAUGUCCACCACAUAAUGACAAACUCAGUGAAAUGGAAAACAGUUCAAGGAAAGGUGUUCGCAUUUUUGUGUGGCCCAGAAAAUCCUGCUUCGGUGCAAAGGAGGAGUCAGCUCUUAAUGUGGCCCUGUGUGAGCUGGCGGGUCAUUUACCGUUCAAAAACAAGAUGGACUUUGAGAAGGCAACAGAAGAAGGGGUCACUGAAAUCAUCAACAAAUAUCUUCUUCCUAAAGACGAGUUUGUCACUUUGGAGCAGCAUCUUAUAGAACAUUUGAGCAAGUCAUAAUGUAAUCUAGUACAGCAUAGAUAGGCUACGUAUUGUAUUGUUAAAUGACCAAAAUAUUAUACUGGCCCAUAUGAAAAGUACAUUCAAUUCUAUAUUACGCUAUUUUCUGAUCUACACGACCGGUCAAAAGUUUUAGAACACCACACUUUUUCCAUUUUUUGAAUGUUUACUGUUGACCAAAACAUAUUCUAAACUUUUGAUUCAUGAAAGUAUCCACCUUUGGCAGAUAUAACAGUUGAACACACUCGUGGCUCGUGCUUUUUUUACAAUAGAAAUCAAAUAUUCUUCAGUGAGUUCUUCCCAAGUCUGUUGCAGAAGUUCCCAUAAAUGUGUGGCACUUGUAGGUUGCUUGGCUUUCACUCUUCUGUCCAGUUCAUCUCAAACCAGAUUGAUGGGGUUUAAGCCUGGAGACUGUACUGGAUACUCCAUGUUUUCAAGCUUACCAUCUUUUUCCUGAGGCAGUUUUGGCAGAGCUUAGACUUGUGUUUUGUUAUCUUCUCUUUUUUUUAACCCUGGCUGUUCAGUAUUUACCUUUGUACCAGUUCAAGCUCUUCAUUGGACUUGCAUGAAUUGAAUUGAAAUAAAUAACUGGAAAAAUUAGGGUGUUCUAAAAUUUUUGACUGGUAAUGUAUGUUAUAAUGAUGUUUCUUCAUCAAAAACUGGAGUUGUGUUUUGUUUCUAACCUGCAUAUUUAAAAUUAGUUCUUCUCUCAAAUCGAAAACACUCUGUUCCACUUUGUGAUGUGAUAAUAGAGGAAGUGCAUCGUCACUGUGAUUUUAAACUCCAUACACCUUCACUAGAAUACUUUGGAUAAUUACCAGUCUCUACUAAACUAAAGGUAAAAGGUAUCUGUUAAUUUGAACAAUCGCUUCAUGAUAUCAAGCAUUUUGAGCUUUGAAGAUGUAGACAAAAUAUGUGAAUAAAACAAAACACAACUACAGGUGUGUUUUUGAUGGAAGCACAAAUGCAAGGAACAUCAAAUCAAACGGAAAAAAAAAUAAAAAUGUACAAAUUGGUUACAAGUGUUCAUUUUUACAAGUGCAUAGAAUAAUAGCUAUUACACUUGCCUUAAUUUAUCUUGUGCCCUUCACAUUUGAAUGCCAAAGUAAAUAUUCAUUAAACAAGUAAUUUAAGACACAAGCUUGAGUAACGUUUCUAAACAAAUCUUGGUAUUGCUGUCUCAAACAAUUUGCUGGACAUUUCUCAACUUUUUUCUAAGUAUACAAAGCAGUGAUGUGCGUAAGUCUGCUAAUUGCUGUAAACAGUUUUUCACAAGCAUCAUUGAGCCACCAGGGAAAUUACACAAUACAGAAACUCAUUAGUAAUAAAAACAAUCUUGAAAUUGAAAAAUAAAACUAUUGAUAUUGUAAUAUAAAAUUAAGAUAAGCGAAUAAGUGAAGAUAAAAAAUACACAAUUGGCAGCCAUAAUAAAAAAGUAAAUGAUCUAGAACAGAGCUGUCCAAACUUAUCUCACCAAAGAAAUAUUGAACUAUUAUCAUAGCAGAGGGCCCAAUACAGUAAGUCAUUCAGACAGGUGCAUUUUACAAAGUUUUUAACAGAGCCACUGCAGAGUUAAUAAAUCUCUGAACAUUAAUUUCAGGUCUGUAUCUCAAUACAGUGUGAUGCUUUUAAGGUUAUAGUGGUAGAAUUACUUACAAUUAUAGAAAAAAAUGCGAUCGUUAUUAGUGAAGUUGUUCUUUUUACACAAAUCACAACCACAUUAAUAUUUUAAAGGGACUAAACCCAGGACAAUGACCAGCCAAGGUCAACAUCAGGUCUAAACUGGGCUCAGUCAGGACCAAAUCAGGACCAAAUCAGGACACAAGUGAGCACACCCUCCCUCUUCAACAGCACAGGUUUCAGUGGCACAUUAUCUGGUAGACUGACGUCACCAGGGCAAUAACUUGGGCACGGCGGGUGAGUACCUGUUCAGUCUUUUUAAUGAAGCUCCACUGGGAGUCAUUGUACCAGUACAAAAUGCUUUUAUGUCCACCUGCUGAACUCACAAACAAUCUGGUGUGCUAUUUACUCAACACAGCUUUGAUGUAGACCAGUUAUAUUUUGUUUUAUGCCCCACAAGGUUUGGACAAGAUAAAAAAUACUCACGUCAUUUGAUCAGUAUCAACUUCGACUCAAGUUAGAAUGGUUUAGAGUUAUAGUUAUAAACCAUACUUGCAUGUAGUUUUAUGUGUUUUUCUCUUGAAGUUCCAUGUUUUAAAACUUCUUCCUAUUCCUUUUGAGCAUCAUGGACUCCAUAGCAUAUUCCUAUUUAUCACAUUUGAUCUCUUUAUAUAAUCAUUACUGUGAACUGAUGCACCAUUAUGUGCUUUUUAACUGAUGUUCAAACAAAUAUUUAUAUAAUAAUUCAUUAAAUAAUUCAGGACUGGAUUAGAAAAUGUGUACAUAGUGUGGAUGUUUGAAUAUAAGUAUUAAGUAACUGUUCCACAUGAAUAUUCCUGUACUGUAUAUUAUUUCAUCAGAUGAUGGAAGCUCCAGCAGAAAGGUUACACCCCUUUAACAUGAGUGGGCUGUGACUGACUGAAGACAUGUGGGGAAUUUGAAGGUGGCAUGAAGUCACCUGAACUCUAUUUAUUUACUGUUUAGUGUCUCCUGGUACGAUCAGUCAUCUGUCGUCAGAACAAUGGAACAGUUCACUUGCAUGUGUCCAGAACUCAAGUCUGAAUCAACAAAAUGAUUACUUAAACCUUGUGCACCUGCUUAAAUGUACACCAGAAAAGAAUACCACAAAGAUUUUUGUCCAACUUUUUAAUAUCAAUGUCUUCAUUUACUUCCGCCCUAAUCAUACAUACCAAAAAAUGUAUAUUUUGAAAUUUUAACCCCUUAAAUGCCAUUUUUG